GUACUUAGAGCAGCGACAGGAGAUGUAGAUCAUUCUUCUGUAAUGAAUCGAGGUGGAAAGAUGAAGUUCCUACUGAGAAGUCUGCUUCUUAGCUCUCUCUGCGCGCUCUCAUCAUGGAGUGUUUCUUCAGGAACACUUAUUACUCAGAGUCUGGAUGUUUCUGUCCAAGAAGGAGAGACAGCAAAGAUCACCUGCUGCUGGAAUGGGUCAGCUGACAGAGUUCGCUUUACAUGGCUGAAAAUCCAAACAUUAAUAGAGAAUAAAACUGUCAUAGAUCAGUCCACAGGCUUUCAGAAUGAGCAGAAAAAUAAGUGUUCAGUUCUGACAUUAGAAACAAUGACAAAAAAUGACUCAGGAAAAUACAUCUGUAAAGUUACUGUGGAGAUACCAGUUUUAAAGGAAGCUCUAGGAAAUGGAACGACCAUCACAGUUACAGCCAGAAAGAGCACAAAUGACAGCAAAAUUGAAGGGCAAAAAAAUACUGGAGGAAAUCUGCCGUAUCCCGUGAUCAUUGCCUUGGGUGUCGUGGUCCCGCUCUUCCUCAUCACUCUCAUCUGUUUCUGCUCUCUGCGCAAGAAGAAAGGACAAGCAGCCAGGGUGAUCUAUGAAGUUCCACACACUGACUCUAUCGAAGCAGAUAUGGACAAAAGCAGCACCAGUUCCUCCAGAGGCUCAACCCAGUGGUGCGAAGUGGCCAUGUAUGACUCCUUGGAUUACUUCGAGCGAGUGGAGCCCAAAAGAACUAAAUAGGAUCCCAUCCAACAUUUUCCUACUUGUAAUUUUGUAAAUACUGUUUAUUUCUAUAUCUGAGUAACACAAGUUAUUUUAUGUAUGUAAAUAUUUCAUAUUUUCAUAUAAACUAUGUCUUAUUCAAUAUGGUGGCCAAUUCAUUUAUUCACGUUGUCAUUACAUAUACAGUUAUAUUCAUCUUGUUGGAAAGUUUAUUUACGUCAGUUUAUUUUCACUCAGUGAGACACUACAUACACCAUACACUUCAUACACACUGAUC